GUAGAUCUACUUCAAAUCUGUACCUAAUAAUGUGAUUAAACCAGCGCUAUAUUUUCAUUUCUUCAUUUUAUUUCUAACUAAAAAAUAAUCCAUUGUAGUGUAAGCCAAAAAAUCUGUUUUUAAUGUUUCAAAUAACUUAAAAUGAGAUUAACUCCGCGUCUGGUGUCUUCAGCUGCUGCAGUAUUCUUAACAUGUGCUGUAUCUGCAGCUGCAUUAUAUUAUAAAAGUAGAACCAUUGAAAUAAAUGAAGUGAUGGUGUUCUGUAAAUUACAAUUCAAUGCUUACAAUUACUUCGACAAGUUAGUCAGUUUUAUAGAAAGUGCGAAACACAGCGUAAAUGUUUGCAUGCCGGGCAUACACAAUCCUGCAAUACAAGCGCGUUUGGUAACUCUAAUCAAAUCGAAACAUGUCAAGGUUCGAAUUGUUAUAGAUCGAUCAGGGUACAAUGAAUCGACUGAAUUUUUCAUCAAAGAACUUAUAGAAGCUGGGGCAGAAAUCAAAUGUAAAGUAACGCAGUCUAUAUUUAGGAUGCAACACAAAUUCUGCCUAGUAGAUGACAACAUUCUGAUGACGGGAACGUUGAAUUGGGGAAACGACCGGUCUUUCGAUCAUUGGAAUUAUGUAUACAUCACAAGCAAACAACAAUUAGUUGAACCUGUUAAGAAAGAAUUUUAUCAUAUGUGGAACAUCUCGAGUGAUGUGCAAACAGUAUUUGAUAUUUACUGUGACAGUGACGCGGAAACAAUCGAAAUUCGUAACCCUGAUGAAACGUCUAUGUCAGAUGACAGUGGUAAGGGUGACCAUGAUCAUGAAAUCAGUCAUGAGGAUACCCCCAGAGUCAAUCAACUUACAACCGAAAAAUUGAAUUCUUUUCCAAUUAAUGAUCAUUGCUUAGAAGUGUAAAUGUUAAGAGAAUCGUUAAAAUUAAUAGAUAAAUAAUUCAUAAUUAAAAUAAUUACCAAGCUCAUCUUAAAUUUAUUACGCACUUAGAAACUAAGUAAAUCAACAAAAUACUUAAUAUAAUUUUACAAUAUAUUAUUGUUAUUUUGAAAAUUUUAAAUAUUUUAUUGCUAAGACUCUCUAAUGUAUUUUAUUGUUAUAUGUAAAUUAAUAAAAUGUCAGUCACAUUUUCAAUUCAUAUUUUAUACACACUAAAUUAUUUACUACCAUUUAUUUCUAAUCUUAUUUUUCCAAUUAUUUUUAAUUUCAAUAAAACUGCAAACACUUUUUCUUUUAAAAGUGUUUUUUUUUUAUACUAUUCUCGUUAAUCAGUAAUAUAAUUAUUAUCUGAAUACUAUCUUGUAUGUGCCCAGUUGUUUUUUCUAUUCUUUGUUUGAAUUUUUAUAAUUUCUUUUUUUUUUCAAUAAAACAAAUGCUUUCAAUGGAGACUAUUUAU